UGGGUUGAAUGUUUUGGUUGAGUUGAUUGUUGGUUAUGCAAUCCCUGGUAAUGGUUUGGCUUUGGCAUUUAUCAAGGCUUUGGGUUACAAUAUUGACGGGCAAGCGCAAAACUUUGUCAACGAUUUGAAACAAGGUCACUACACUAAGCUUCCACCGCGUGCUACUUUUAGAGUUCAAUUACUUUCAAUCUUAGUGGCAUCGUUUAUUCAGUUGGCUAUUUUGAACUUCCAGAUAACUGGUAUCAAGGACUAUUGCGUACCAGGCAACAAACAGAAAUUCACUUGUCCCAGUGGUAGGACAUUCUACAAUGCUUCUGUCCUUUGGGGUGUCAUCGGUCCAAAGAAAGUGUUUGACCAUUUAUACCCUAUCUUGAGAUGGUGUUUCUUGAUUGGUUUCUUGUUGGCAUUCCCAUGCAUCGCUUUGAAGAAAUGGGGUCCCAAGAAGUAUUUAAAGACAUUUGAACCAGCAAUCAUCAUCGGAGGUAUGUUAAACUACGCUCCAUACAAUUUGUCUUACUAUAUCCCUAGUGUCUACGUAUCGUUGGCAUUCAUGUGGUACAUCAAGGGUAAGUACGAAGCUUGGUGGCAAAAAUACAACUAUCUUCUUUCUUGUGGAUUGGAUGGUGGUUUAGCUUUUUCAUCAAUCAUCAUCUUCUUUGCAGUCAUGUAUCAUGAAAAGGACAUCAAUUGGUGGGGUAAUACUGUUGUGUACACAGGUUAUGAUGGUAAUAUGGUUGGUAGAUUGAAUGCUACUGAACUGGCUCCAGAUGGAUAUUUUGGACCAAGAAAGGGACAUUUCCCAUGA